AGAAAUUAUUGUUUUACGAAUUCGAUUAACGACUCAAUAUCGAUUAUGUUGCUGAAAAUUCAAUUAUGUUUAGUAUUUUCAUUUUCAUCUUAUUUUGUCAAAGGAGAAGAUUUAGAUAUUAUCGUUAAACUAAAUACGAAAGAAAUCGUAGAUAAACUACAGUCUGAGAUUUUGAUUAAAUAUUGGUCGAAAUUGGUUGAAGUUUUCGCGAAGAAGGCAGCACAAUCUUUUAUAAAUGAGAUUAAUAUUAAGAAACAUAUACUACCAGUGGCUGAAUUAAUAAAUGAAAACCAAAUUAACCGAGUUAAUCCACUUUAUGGUAAAAAUACUAUACUAAGCGAAGACAAAGCAUAUCAACUUUUGAAGGAUCCUGCACCAGAUGGUGACGUUCCGGGCUGGCAUUCCGUCGAACUAAGUCAUGAAGAAGAAUUACCAACGAAAAACAAAGGAAUCCCCCUAUAUGGAUUGACUAAGUGCGUCUGAAAUCGAGAGGAAAUCCGCGGAGAUGGUCGUUGCUAUAACUCACAGACUGUAUGAAUUAUUGAUGCCCGUCGCACAAUGCUGGGAGCGGGAUAUUAGAUGAUAAAUAAACGCUAUGACGCUUGCCAGUGAAGCCUCCAAGAAUAGAAUGGAUACUCGGAACGUUAUGAAGGCUUGGCCAUUCAUACUUGAAGACGUUUCGUAGCUAUCGGAGAAUUUGUGGUGAAAUAAAUUUUCAGAAUAUAUAAAGCUU